CGUAGUACUGUUUGUUUAUGCUCGAUUGCUGUCAUGCUGGAUAAUGCUGGCGUGAGGCAGUUUUCUUACAUUUACUUCUAGUAUUUUCCAUGGCAGCUUCAAGGAUACCUCCGGCAGCUUUAAACUUUAAACAGUUUCUACAGCGCCAAAAGGUCCUCAGUUUGUACAGGAGUAUUUUACGAACUAUCAGAAAAGUUCCCAAUAAAGAAGACCAGCAAUAUUUGGAAAACUGGGCAAGAGAAGAGUUCAAAAGGAAUAAGAAUGUCAAGGAAGAGGACGUAAUUCGAAUGAUGGUCACUCAAGGCAGACGACAGCUUCAGGACCUUACUAGGACACUUCAGUUAGCUCAGAGCAGUUAACUGCAUUCAUUUUGUUCAGGUGUGAAGCUUAAGGUUGUGUUUUGGUUCAAGUCUGCAGGAUACAAUACUAUUGCCUCAACAGAAUUUUUCCAAUAUGUUUGUUUUAAAAAUAAAAUGUUUACUUUGUUUUAAACAACAAUCCUUUGUUCAGAGAUUAAUCAUCAAACUGUGUAAUAUGAUGGUAUUUUCAGUUUUCAUUAUGUUUAUAGUUAAAUAUCAACUCUGUUUUGUUGUAAUAAUUACAGUAUUUCUUCUUGUUUCUGCAUAUUUAGAAUAGUACAGGGGGGGUGUCAGAAUGAAUGUUUAUCAAGCCAGUAUAGCAGAAUCACUCCUGAGAAUGCAGCUUAUACACUGUAAAAAAAAAAAAAAAAAAAUGUUAAAUUUACGGUAAAGUACUGGCAGCUGU